UGAGGCCGAAGAAGCUGGGGGCGGGGCUUGGUGCCAGCGGCUACUACGGCCAGGCUGGGUCCGAGCAUCUCGCGGCUUCGGACCCGCCCGGCCCGGACAUGGCGAGCGUCCGGGCCUCCCCGCGAGGCGCUCUGCUGCUUCUUCUGGCCGCGGCGGGGGUCGCUGAGGUGGCGGGAGGCCUGGCUCCGGGCAGUGCGGGUGCUGUAUGUUGUAAUCAUUCAAAGGAUAACCAAAUGUGCCGUGAUGUAUGUGAACAGAUUUUCUCCUCAAAGAGUGAAUCCCGGCUGAAACAUCUGUUGCAGAGAGCCCCGGACUACUGCCCAGAAACGAUGGUUGAAAUUUGGAGUUGUAUGAAUUCAUCUUUGCCAGGUGUAUUUAAGAAAUCUGAUGGCUGGGUUGGCUUAGGCUGCUGUGAACUGGCUAUUGGCUUGGAGUGUCGACAGGCAUGCAAGCAGGCAUCGUCAAAGAAUGAUAUUUCCAAAGUUUGCAGAAAAGAAUAUGAGAAUGCUCUUUUCAGUUGCAUUAGCAGAAAUGAAAUGGGCUCAGUGUGCUGCAGUUACGCAGGUCAUCACACAAACUGCAGAGAAUUCUGUCAAGCCAUUUUCCGAACAGACUCUUCUCCUGGUCCAUCUCAGAUCAAAGCCGUGGAAAAUUAUUGUGCCUCUGUUAGUCCACAGUUGAUCCACUGCGUGAACAAUUACACCCAGUCUUAUCCCAUGAGAAACCCAACAGAUAGUUUGUAUUGCUGUGACAGAGCUGAAGACCACGCUUGCCAAAAUGCCUGCAAGAGAAUUCUCAUGUCUAAGAAAACAGAAAUGGAGAUUGUUGAUGGUCUCAUCGAGGGGUGUAAGACCCAGCCCCUGCCUCAAGAUCCUCUCUGGCAAUGUUUUCUUGAAAGCUCCCAGUCGGUUCACCCUGGAGUCACAGUCCACCCUCCCCCCUCAACUGGCCUUGAUGGGGCUAAGUUGCAUUGCUGUUCUAAAGCAAACACUUCAACAUGCAGGGAACUGUGCAUGAAACUUUAUAGCAUGAGCUGGGGGAACACGCAGAGUUGGCAGGAGUUUGACCGCAUCUGUGAAUACAAUCCGGUGGAGGUGUCCAUGCUGACAUGUCUCGCUGAUGUCCGGGAACCUUGCCAGUUGGGCUGUAGGAACCUCACUUACUGUACGAACUUUAACAACAGGCCAACAGAACUUUUCAGGAGCUGCAAUGCUCAGUCUGACCAGGGAGCCAUGAAUGACAUGAAGCUGUGGGAGAAAGGAAGCAUAAAGAUGCCCUUCAUCAGCAUCCCUGUUCUUGAUAUCAAAAAGUGCCUGCCAGAAAUGUGGAAGGCCAUCGCGUGUUCACUGCAGAUUAAGCCUUGCCAUAGUAAAUCCCGAGGAAGCAUUAUCUGCAAAUCAGAUUGUGUAGAGAUUCUCAAGAAAUGUGGAGACCAGAACAAAUUCCCUGAAGACCACACGGCUGAAAGUAUCUGUGAGUUUCUGUCCCCUGCAGACGACCUGGAGAACUGUAUCCCUCUGGAUACGUACCUCAGGCCAAGUGCUUUAGGUAACAUCAUAGAAGAAGUGACUCAUCCCUGUAACCCAAAUCCUUGCCCAGCCAAUGAGCUCUGUGAAGUGAACCGAAAAGGGUGUCCGUCUGGAGAUCCCUGCCUUCCAUAUUCUUGUGUUCAAGGUUGCAAAUUGGGAGAAGCUUCUGACUUCAUUGUCCGCCAGGGGACACUGAUCCAGGUGCCAUCCUCUGCAGGGGAAGUUGGUUGUUACAAGAUCUGUUCCUGUGGACAAAGUGGCCUCUUGGAGAACUGUAUGGAGAUGCACUGUAUCGAUCUCCAGAAGUCUUGUAUUGUUGGAGGAAAAAGAAAAAGUCAUGGAACAUCCUUCAAUAUUGACUGCAACGUCUGUUCUUGUUUUGCUGGCAAUUUAGUGUGUUUCGGCCGUCCAUGCCUCAGUGAGCACAGUUCAGAUGAUGACCGUAGCACGUUCACAGGUCUGCCCUGUAACUGUGCUGAUCAGUUUGUCCCAGUGUGUGCACAGAAUGGACGCACUUACCCCAGUGCCUGCAUUGCCCGCUGUGUAGGUCUCCAAGAUCAUCAGUUUGAGUUUGGACCUUGUGUCUCCAAGGAUCCCUGUAAUCCUAACCUCUGCCCAAAAAGCCAAAGAUGUGUGCCAAAACCACAAGUUUGCCUGACGACCUUCGAUACAUUUGGCUGUAGCCAAUAUGAGUGUGUGCACAGACAGCUCACCUGUGAGCAGGUCCGAGAUCCUGUGUGUGACACAGAGCACGUGGAGCACAGCAAUCUCUGCACACUGUACCAAAGAGGAAAGAGCCUCUCUUACAGAGGCCCCUGCCAGCCCUUCUGCAGAGCCACCGAGCCUGUCUGUGGGCACAACGGCGAGACCUACAGCAGUGUGUGUGCCGCCUACUCAGACCGUGUGGCAGUGGACUACUAUGGGCCCUGCCAGGCUGUCGGGGUCCUCUCUGAACAUAGUGCUGUGGCCGAGUGUGCUGCAGUGAAGUGUCCUUCUCUCUCAGCUAUAGGCUGCAAACCCAUCAUUCCCCCUGGUGCUUGUUGCCCAUUAUGUGCCGGAAUGUUACGGGUUUUAUUUGACAAAGUAAAACUGGACACUAUUGCUAAGGUGACCAACAAGAAGCCAGUAACAGUUCUGGAGAUUCUUCAGAAGAUCCGCAUGCACGUGUCUGUCCCACAGUGUGAUGUGUUUGGAUACCUGAGCAUCGAAUCAGAAAUUGUGAUCCUGAUUAUUCCUGUCGACCACUAUCCUAAAGCUUUGCAGAUUGAGGCCUGCAAUAAGGAAGCAGAGAAAAUCGAGUCCCUCAUCAACUCCGACAGCCCCACUCUGGCGUCCCAUGUCCCCCUCUCAGCCCUUAUCAUUUCCCAGGUGCAGGUCUCCAGAAGCCUUCCAUCCUCUGCUGCUGGGGGCAGGUCUCCCUGCCCCUCCCUGCUCCUCUUUAACCUGGGCCUCACUGUGUACCUGCUCUGGACUCGUCCCUGACUGCCCACAAAAACUACAAAGCCUUCCUUGACUCGGCCGUCCCACCUUUUGAAAGACAUCAGGACUGCUAGCUGGUGGCCGAGCAAGAACACGUGUCACCUCUUAGCCCUACACAGUAUUUUUUUAAUCUGCCAAUGUUAGAGGUUUUACCUUGAUUCUAAAAUGAUAAACUAGGCUCCCCCAGUAUGAUGGAAUCUCUUGCUGGUGGGCCGCUGGGUUACAGUUUACAUUUUGCUCAGUAGAUGAGUCCGCUUCUCCAAAGGAAAUUUACCGUCACUGAUGAAUGAGACGGUCGCUUUAGGAGCCCC